GCGGGAUCCAAAGUCGAGGUCCGAUCCAACGAGGACGGAUUCAGAGGCGCCUGGUUCGAGGCCGAGGUCAUCAAACCCCUCCCCAAAUACCGCCGUACACCGUCUCCUACGACGCCCUCGCUCCGACGAUGUCGCGGGAAACCCCCUCGUGGACACCGUUUACUGCACUUCGUCCGGCCUCGCCCCGCCGCCUCGGCCGGCGCGGCGGGGUUCGAGGCCACCAGCUCGUCGAGGCGUUUCACAACGAUGGGUGGUGGAGGGGGGUUGUGAGCGAAGUGGUGAAGGGGAAGCGAGGGGUGUUUAGGGUUUCCUUCCCGAGCUCGAGGGAGGAGUUUGAGUUUAAGGGGAAGGAGUUGAGGGAGCUGCGGGAGUGGGUUAAGGGGAAUUGGGUUGCCGUCAAAGAUCAGGAAGUAGAAGAAAAGAAUGUUAUGUUUGAUGUGGGAAGUCGGAUAGAAGUAAGCAGGGACAAAGAGAACUAUGGAGCGUCUUGGUAUGUUGGGACUGUCUUGAAAGUGAUAGGGGCAGGCUUUUUCUUGGUGGAAUACGAGAAUCUAAGAAUAGAUAGUAGUGGCAGUAAUGGAAUGCCCCUAAAGGAGAUUGUUGAUCUGCAGUAUAUAAGGCCCUCCCCUCCCCCUCAAACAGUGUUUGAUAAUUUUGUCGAUAUCUUGGAAGAAGUCGAAGCAUUUCGUAAGGGUGGAUGGGUAGCUGGAGUGGUCUCAAAGCUUCUGUGUGGGUCGAGAUACGUUUUUAAACCCAAGCACUGGGAGGAGGAGAUUGAGCUUGACUGGACUGCAAUAAGGCCUCACUUUGAUUGGACAAACGGUCGCUGGGUUCGCAUUUCUCGGGAGAAGAGUAGCAAACGACCAUCUUCAGGGGAAACAAGAACAUAUAAUCUCCAUGAAACAAGAACAUAUAGUCGAAGACAGAAAUCCCGUUUUGUCGAACUAUCCAAUUUACCAAUUUCAAUGCCAACUUUUAGUGAUAAUGGUGGCGAAGUUGCUGGGAGAUCUGCUGUUUUGGAUUUGAAGGCCAAGAAGCCUGGAGAGCCCACAGCUGAAGGUGGAAUCGAGACAUCUCAAACUUUCAAGAAGUUGAGGAAAGGACCAGAGGAACACCUGAAGGCAAAGAAGUCUAAGGAGCCUACAGUUGAAGGUGGUAUUGAGACAUCUCAAACUUGCAAGAAGGUGAAGGAAGGAAUAAUGCCAGAAGAGCACCUGAAGGUGAUAGAUGAAACCAAGUCAGUUGCUCAUAGAUGCAUAGAAAGAUCUCGCACCCGGAAACAUUCUACUCUUUCUAUUGCGAUGCUUUCCCGCAUUAAUAGGUAUAAAACUACCGAGAGAAUUGCUGCCAUGCAUUUGAAGGAUAAAAAGAUCAAGGGGUCCAGCUUUAAAGAAAGAAUUAAGUCUUCUCAGCCUUGCAAUAACCCAAAGAAAGGAAAAUCAUCGGAAGAACGGAUGCGAUCGGUUGAUAGCAUAUUGAAGAAUUGUUGUACUAAAACCAAAAGAGUGGUAGGAAAAAGAUCCUCUGCUGGGCCUACUCCAGGAGAUACUGAGAUACCAUCUCACUGGAAAAUUGGAAAAAAAUCGAUGGAACUGAUUCAUGAGCAAGACAUAUCCAAAAUGAGUGGUGAUGAAUCAGCAAACAAUGUUGAAGGCUCAUCUAAUUGCUUCGGUUAUGCGUCAAAGCAUAAGUCAUGGGAAGCUAAUUUUGGCUGUUCUCUAAUUGCAGGCUGGGGAAGCCAUAAAGCCAGGCAUGUUAAGACAAAGAAUACAAAGAUGGAGAGAAAUACGAAGAUGAAGAGAGACGAGCUUGUGUUACAGUCUGCAGAUUGCAAAAGAAAAACUCCUGAUGUUAUUGAUGUGGAGCAGCAAGACAAGAUGAAGAAACGUAGGGUAGGCAGACCUCCAAAGAAAAAGAUUACUAGCAAGAAAGGAAUGGGAUCCACACAACCAGAAGAAGGGGAAGAGAUAGUGGGACGUGAAGAUAGGAGGGAGUUUGUUGAACUAUCCAAGAAUUGCCCGCUGAGUGCCAAUAGGGAGGGGAAAAAAUCUGCUAAUGAUACAAAUAUUUGUUUGUACAACAUGCAAGAAGACAUCAUGGAACACUCUCCUGAGUCACACCAACUAGAUUCUUCCAAUGUAGUUGCCAAUUUGCUCAAGGACUCAACUACCCAGGAUUUGUCAAAAUUGAAAUCUUUCAACAGUAGAAUUGCUGAAUGUGAUGCUGAAGAACCAAGGCAAGCUUUUCCUUUUGAUGAAGAUGAUGUUCACAAUCAUGAUGAUCUUAUUCCGAAUGGAUCAAAGGAAGCAGUGGAGAUGGAGAGAUCGCUGGCUGAUCAUACACCCGAUGGACUAUCACUUCUCAAGGAGUAUAAUGCUUGCGAUCAAACAUCAAAUGCUUGCGAUCAAACAUCAAAUGCUUGCGAUCAAACAUCAUUGUCUGAAAAGGUGUCUGGUGAGAUGGAUGUUAGAACACCCGCUGACCACAGCCCUAAUGCUUCAUCACUUUCUAGAGAAGAGCAUGUUCCUGAUCACGGUGACUUCACUUCUAGUGAGUCUUUGAUGGAGAAGAUUGUUAUUGAGAUGGAGAAGACUUCAAAUGAUCCUGCACAUCUGAGGGAAGAUAUUCAUUUUCAUGAUCAUCUAACUUCAAGUGGAUUGCCCUCAGAAAAAGCUAUAACUGAGGCAGAGGGGAGACUUGAUGUUUAUCCCAUAUGUAGUAUGUCACCGCAUAGCUCAGUGGCAUUGCCUUUUGUGAAGGAGUCUGCAAUGUGGGAAACUGUCGAGUCAAUGGAAGUAUUUCACACAACUCCACAACAGCCACAUUUUCAUCCUUUGAAGCAGUAUGAGGUAGAGUAUCGCGAGGGAAUGGCUAUUGGUUUGAUGGUGACCUUUGCCAAUUUAGUUUCUAGUAUUCAGAAGCUGCGGAUUACCGAUUCUGAAGAUAUUUUUGAAGAAAAAUUGAAGGUCCUUAUUUCCUUGGAGUCACAUGGAUUCAAUAUUCAGUUUGCACGAUCUUGCCUUGAGAAGUUACUACAGAUACGAAGUAAUGUUAGUCAUUCUCAGGGCAAAAAAGUGUCUUUGAAAGAGAAAAUACUAGAGGCAGAGGAUGAGAAAGAUCAACUUGAAGAAUUUAUUGCUGCACAUGAUAAAAUCAUAUUGGACUUGGAAGAAAAUCUCUAUCGCUACAAAGAGAGAAGGUCGUCAAUGAUUUCAGGGAGGAACAAAAAGGAUUCUGAGAUUGUUCAGUUAAAAAUGAAUCUGCAAGCAACUGAAGAAGCCUUUUCUUCUGCAGAAGAGAACUUUAAUGCUGUUGCGCGAUCCAUGGUAAAUGUAACAUGAUCUUAUUCAAACAGGUGACUUCACUUCAAUUUUGUGGAAAUAUAGUAUAUGUUAUCAUCAAGUCAUUAAUUUUUAGGGCACAGUUUUCUGAGAAAUACUGCAUUAUUUGUUC